AUGAAUGCCGACACAACUGCGAAUGAAUUGAGACAACAGUUCUUCGAGUAUUUCAAGAAGAAAGGUCACACUUAUGUACACUCGUCAUCGACCAUCCCUCAUAAUGACCCGACUCUGUUGUUUUCCAAUGCUGGAAUGAAUCAGUUCAAGCCAAUCUUUCAGGGUGUGGUCGAUCCCAAUACUGAUAUGGCCCAACUGAAAAGGGUAGUGAAUACACAAAAGUGCAUACGUGCCGGUGGGAAGCACAACGACUUAGAUGAUGUUGGUCGUGAUGUGUAUCACCAUACAUUUUUCGAAAUGUUAGGCAAUUGGUCGUUUGGUGACUAUUUCAAGAAAGAGGCCUGUAAAUUUGCUUGGGAAUUGCUGACACGGGUAUGGAAAAUUCCUGCGAAACGACUGUAUGUCACUUAUUUUGGAGGCAACGAAUCAGCCGGUUUGCCGGUGGAUGAUGAAGCGCGCCAAAUUUGGUUGGAUUUAGGGUAA